GCACGUGCAGCUCCACCCCCGGCAGGCGGGAGCGUGCUCAGAGCCAAUGAGCACUUGGGGGCAGAGGGUAAAGAAGCUUCCAGAGGCCUAGGCUGGUGGGGGGUGGGGGGCGACGACUUAUAAAGAGGUUACCGGCGGCGCGGCAGCGGCACAGCCAUGCAGUCCAAAAGAGAAUGUGAGCAAUGGUGUGAGAGGGUGAAUCCAGAAAACAAGGCGGCCCUGGAGGCGUGGGUCAGGGAGACGGGCAUCCGCCUGGUGCAGGUGAACGGGCAGAGGAAGUAUGGCGGGCCACCCCCAGGUAUGGCUGCCCCCGCCCCAGCGUGCAACCCGAUGCGCCAGACCGGACUUACACCCCAGCAGAUUGGGAAGUUUGCUAGGGUUCCCCACACUCUGCCCGGGGGUCGGGAGGGGGAAGCCAGCCCCAAGGUGCACCUGCUUUGCGCCAGCCGUGUUGCUAGCUUGGUCAUCUCAUUCCCCUGCGGCCCGGGUGUACCCGUUAGGUGGACGGUCGCUCACUCCCCUUCCCCGCUGGGAAGUGAGACCCGCGUCCGGCGGAUGACAAUGCCUUCCCCACGCUCCUCUGCAGGCUGGGUGGGCAGUCCACCGCCGGCCGGCUCCGAGGUGUUUAUCGGACGGCUGCCCCAGGACGUGUACGAGCACCAGCUGAUCCCACUCUUCCAGCGCGUGGGCCGCCUCUACGAGUUCCGCCUGAUGAUGACCUUCAGCGGCCUGAACCGCGGCUUCGCCUACGCCCGCUACAGCUCGAGGCGCGGAGCCCAGGCGGCUAUCGCCACGCUGCACAACCACCCGCUGCGGCCGUCCUGCCCGCUGCUCGUCUGCCGCAGCACUGAGAAGUGCGAGCUGAGCGUGGACGGGCUGCCGCCGGGUGUGAACCACAACACACUGCUGCUGGCGCUGCAGCCGCUGGGGCCGGGGCUGCAGGAGGCGCAGCUGCUGCCCAGUCCGGGCCCGGCGCCCGCGCAGAUAGCUCUGCUCAAGUUCAGCUCGCACCGCGCCGCCGCCAUGGCCAAAAAGGCCCUUGUAGAAGGUCAGUCACGCCUCUGUGGAGAACAGGUGACUGUGGAGUGGCUCAAGCCAGACCUAAAGCAGCAGCUCCGCCAGCAGCUUAUGGGUCCCUCUCUUCGUUGCCUUCAGCCAGGUGGCAGCCAAUUGGUCCUGGCCAGGGACAAACUAGGGUACCAAGGGGCUCGGGCUGCCCUGCAGCUACUCUGCCAUCGAAUGAAGCUGGGCAGCCCAGUAUUCCUCACCAAGUGUCUGGGCACAGGACCUGCCGGCUGGCACCACUUCUGGUACCAGGUAGUGAUCCCUGGGCAUCCAGUGCCUUUCAGCGGCCUUAUCUGGGUCAUGCUGGCCACAGAUAGGCAGGAUGGGCAUGAGGUGGCCAAGGAUGCUGUGUCUGUACGGCUGCUGGAGGUACUAAGUGAGUCUGGAGCCAGUAUCUUGUGGUCCUCUGGGGCUGAGGCAGGUACUACCAUUAGGCAGUGACCCCUUCCUCUCUCUGCAGGCAGCCUGAACCAUAGGCAAGGCCUGUGUCAGCCCUCCGCCCAGCAGGCCUGGGCAGCAGCCAACUGAUUCCUAAAGGAGGAGAGGGGCACAGGCCCUGCCCCAGGUCUGAGACAGAACCACUACUGGGGCAGGGCCCAAGUAACACCUGAGGGCUGCUCAGAUUAGGCUUAAAUUCUGGUGAGGAACCUUGCCCUACCCUCCUGAACCCAGGCUCUAACCUCUGACUCCUGUGUUUCUUCUUGGCUGUUCACCGUGUAACACAUGUCGCCCCUCUCCCUCAUCCCCAAGCUUAGCAUGAAUCUGUUUUUAUUUAGGGGACUAGCUGAGCCAAAGGGUCAAAUUUUGCCCUUCCACCCCACCAGUUGUCAUUCUGAUUUUGGUUUAUAUAUGGUUUUGAGUUUUUCUAUGCUGGUUGUAUUUAUAUUAAACUCCUAGUUAGUAUA